AUGUUGUCGUAUGCCGUGAUUUGGCCGACAUGCAGUAUUGUUCAAGAGUAUAUAGAGAAUGGUACGACUAUAGAGAAUGCUGAUUGGGAAAGAGCUGGUCGUUUCGGUAUAUUCGGAACAUUCUUCAUGGCUCCAGUAUUCUAUACUUGGAUGAAAUACACCAGCCGUUUCUUCAAACACAAGAAUCUCCGUACAGCAGUAACUAGAGCUAUAAUCGAGCAGGUUUCCUAUUCGCCCGUCGCGAUGGCAUAUUUCUUCUUCGGUAUGAGCCUAUUAGAGAAAAAACCUAUAAAGACAUGUGCUAAUGAAGUUAGAGAGAAAUUUUGGCCGACAUAUAAAGUUGGGGCUGUUUUCUGGCCGACAGCGCAAACUGUUAACUUCUAUUUCGUAUCUGAAAAGAAUAGAGUCGUUUUUGUUAGCUGUGCUAGUUUUAUCUGGACAAUAUUCAUGGCUCAUAUGAAAGCCAAAGAUCAGGACCUGGUCAUCAAUAACGAAGAUAUCGGAGAGAAGAUUCAAGAUGCUCAAGUCAGUGAAUACGAAAACUUGUCAAAUGAACAUACAAGCUAA